AUGAGUAGAAAAGACGCAGAAGAGACUCUGAUGGGUUCUCUUGCAGAGAAGAUUAUUGAUGCUGAAAAAAUAGUUGCAAGAAGUGAGCUGGCCGACAAGCAGGCUGGGGUUUUCGAGGGAAAAGAAAAGAGCAACGAAGAGAAUGGAUUGAGAUACAAGAAGUUACAAACGAUAUUGGGGGAGGGGACAUUCAAAAAGGUGUACAAGGCCAUUGACCAGGAGGAGGGGAAGGAGGUCGCAUGGAACGAGAUCAAGAUUGGCGAAAAUGGGCAGGACGGCAAGGAAAGAACGCUGUUUUCGAAUGAAAUAGGGCUUCUGAAGUCAAUUUCGCACCCCAACAUCCUUCGGAUUCUUGACUAUUGGUUUACAUCUGAUAGCUUUAUAUUCAUCACGGAACUGAUGAGCGGGGGAACGCUCCGGCAGUACAUUGCAGAGAUAGGAGAUCUAAAUGUCAAGCUUAUAAAGAAGUGGGGAAGAAGCAUUCUUGAGGGGCUUGUGUAUUUGCACGGGCAAAGUCCUCCGAUAAUCCAUCGGGACAUCAAGUGUGAAAACAUCUUUGUGAAUGCAGCACUUGGAGAAGUGAAGAUUGGGGAUCUUGGCGUGGCAAAGGAGAGGAGGAUGAAGAGAUACACGGUUGUUGGGACGCCGCAGUUUAUGGCGAGAGAGAUGUUUGAAGGGGAAGGAUACUGCGAGAAGAUUGAUGUGUAUGCAUUUGGAAUGUGCCUAAUUGAGAUGGCUACAGGAGCAUAUCCAUAUAAAGAAUGCACCACGGCGGCUGAGGUUUACAAGGCGAUUAUACAAGGGGUUCCACCUGUUGCCCUGAACUCGAUCAAAGACAUAUGUCUUAGGAAUCUGAUUAUGAACUGCCUAGUUUCUGAAAAGGAUAGGCUGGGGAGUGCUGAGUGCCUCAAGCAUCACUUUUUCGACAGCAACAAUACCUGCAAUGGAGAAUGUAUUCCUGCAGAAUGCAUGUCUGGGGUUCCCUUGACUGCGCCUGCCAACGACAUGGAGAUAAGCUUUCUGUCAUUCAAAGACAAUGUGAUUACGUUCCAGCUUUUCUUCAUGAGCAUGGCAAGGUUCAUCAAGUUUGACUAUAAUCUGGAGGCCGACACGGUUGAGGACGUGACGAAUGAGAUGCUGGAGGAGGAGGUUGUGUCUGAGGAUCAAAGAGACACGCUUCUGAGGCUUCUAUCCCGAGGGAUUGAAAAGGCCAAGGAGAGGAUUAUGGAAGUGGAGAGCAGGGGGGCUGAAGAGGUGAUGAGGAAGUUGUGCAUGGACGGGGAGAAAGGUAAGGCCGAUGGGCCUAGAAACGACUUCAACAAAAUAACGGACAGGAAUCUAAGUAUGGAGGAGGUUGAGUCGAUGUUAGAGAUAGACGUGAAGGCAGGCGGCGGUGAGGUGAGCACCUCGCAAGGCACACUCCGCUCUGGAGGGAGCGAGAGCCAAAGAGUUGGAACGGAAGCACCUCAUUCGCCUCUAGUUAGUUCUGUGGAAUUACCAUCUGGAGAUGGGGUCAUAGAGGAGCAAAGAAGGAUCACAGGUGGAAAGUGCCCAGACGAAUCUGAGUGUCCAAACAGAAAGUAUGACGAGGAUGUUUCCAUUGAAGAAUUUGUGGCAGAUGUUUCAGCGGCAACAAAAAGAUCGUCUGAGACAGCGACCAAUUGGAUAAAGACGUUCAAGUCGAACGACAUUGACAGUGUGUUUGAGUUGAAGAUCCUUGUGGAUGAGGACUGGGACAAGCUCGGGCUUACUGUUUUUUCGAGUAGGGCAAUGAAGAACAUGCUGUAUGGGCUUGACAAGAUUCCUCUAAAGGAAAAGCAGCUUCCUACGAACACUUCUAUCAAGGAUUACGAGGGAAGAGUGGAGAUCAAGGAAUUCCUCCGUGAGAUUGGUGUGAUGGUGGGGAAAGAGAAGUGUGUGUCUAUAUGGGAAAGCAAGCUUCUUGCACAGGACAUCAGAACUGUUGAGGAGCUCAGGUCGUUGCAUCAAGAUGACUGGGACAGACUAGGGUUGUCUGUAUACUCGUGCAGAGUGAUCAAAAAUGUUAUUUACAAAAAGGGAAGGAUAGUGUUUUGCUAA